UUUUUUCUGUUUCUGUACCUGUACGAUACGAAUUUUUAGGAUGUUUUCUUUGUAUUGUAGGCUCCAAAUGACUCAAAAUGGCCGGAAGGACGAACAUAUCGAGGAACCGGAACAGUUGGGGUCCGGUGUCGGUGAGCAGUAGCGGUUUUUAUAGAUCAUCUCGCGAGGACUGGGAGGACGAAGAUGAAGACGAAUUCAAGAGCAUUCAGGCUAGGCAACUGGAUCCUCUGAAAGAAGAUCUGGCAGAUUGGCUCAAUAAAACACUUAGUAUCGAUUACCUCAACAAAGACAAUUUUCUGGACGAAUUGGACAACGGAGUUGUACUUUGCCACUUGGCCCAGGUGGUUUGCGAUCUCAUCAGAAAAGUGGUGGCGACAACAGGUGGUAAAGGGCCAGCUUUGAGUGUGAGAGGAAAAUGCUUCGAAAAAGCGUCCAGAAGAAGUUUCUUCUCUCGAGACAACAUGGAAAAUUUCAUCAAAUUCUGUCGAUCACUCGGUGUGCACGAAAACCUGCUCUUCGAAAGUGACGAUCUAGUCCUGCACAACCAACCUCGCAACGUCAUCCUCUGCCUACUCGAAGUAGCCAGGAUCGCUUCAAAGUACGGCCUCGAGCCGCCCGGCAUCGUGCAGCUCGAGAAGCAGAUCCUCGACGAGGAGCGCGACGCGACGGCCGGCUCGCGACUGAGCUCGCUGCUGUCGUGGCACUUCGACCGAUCACCUCCCACCACCUACGCGCCGCGGAUGCGGCAGAGCGCGUCGGCCAAUGGCAUCUCUGCGGCGCUGGACGGGUGGGGCGGGGCGCCGGCAGCGGUGGGGGACGGAGACAGGGGAUUGGCGGCGGGCUCGGUGGGCGGGGCCAGCGACGGCGUGCCCAGCGAUCACACGGAGGACGAGGAGUGGUCGAGAGGUAGUGGGGAGGAUCCUUCCGAUCUCGACAUGACUCCCCCCUCGAGACCGUCUUCGGGAGAGGGUGGGGGAGACACCCCCAGUCCUGUUACCGAGCUCGACCGCAAGGUGCAGCUAGCUGCCAGACUGAUGCAGAAGAACUGCAGCUGCGCCAAUGGCAGAUGCGACAAGCUGAAGAUCAGGAAAGUGGGAGAGGGGAAGUACAAUAUCGCCGGCAAAAAUGUGUUCAUUAGGUUAUUGAAGGGUCGUCACAUGAUGGUGAGAGUGGGGGGUGGCUGGGACACUCUGGACCACUUCCUGUUGCGUCACGACCCCUGUCAGGUGAAAGUCGUGUCCAGGCAGAGCCCCCAAAGGCCGAACAGCGCUGCCAACUAUUUGCACAUCAGGGCGAAGUACAGAAGUCCACCGCCGACACGUUGA